CCAAUAUUAUGGUGAGACUAUAUAACACUGGGAGUUAUGAGACCAUGUUAUCAAUGAGAACAUAGUCAGAGGAAUAAAGUACCCACUCAAAACCAGAAAAAACCAGCCGUUAACCGGCUUCAACCAGCCUUAACAUCUGUCCUAAAGCAACCUAAGGAUGAACACCAAGAUUGUAGUACUGUUAGUGGUCGUGCUGGUGGCAGUCUCUGUAACUGAGGCUCGACGAAGGAGAAACAAGGCCAACAAAGAUCAGGACAGAUGUAGGUACAAGAGAGACAGAAGUGCGGGGAGACCCGAGUGUAUUAAGGGUACUAUGACCCUCACCCUGCAGCUGAAAUCGGGACCAGCUGAUUGUGAGCCCACCCUCACAAAGACCAAGAGGUGCCGAAACAAAGACUGCAAAUAUGAUGUGGUCAGCUCAGUGUGCAACCAGGAAACCAACAGAAUGGUUAAAACUAUGCAGCUGAAGGAAGGAGGCGACGAAACCAAGUGUGAGAAAACCAUCACAGUGGAGAAGAGGAGGUGUAAGAACAAAGGUGACAAGGCAGCAAAGAAGGCUGCACGAAAAGAAAGGAAAAAGCUCUCAAAGGCCGAGAAAAAGGCUGCCAGGAAAGCAGCUAGGGCAGAAAGGAAGGGCAGAAAACACAACAGAAGAGAAGGUACCACCCCCGCAAUGAUUGAGGAGCCAACAGCAUAAGCACAAAACCAGCACAUUGUGCUAAUGUGUGCUCUCCCAUGUGCUUCAUGCUCCCUGGUUCUUUAGAACAAACUUAAUGACUCAAUUGCACCAAUGAUUCAUCUACUUAAAUUUUGUUUUGGAUUUUUUUUAUCUCUCUCAGAAUGCAAGAUUAAUUACAAAAAUAACCAGCUUUUAAAUUAUUAAGAUAAGAUUGCUGUUUAUAAAUGCUUUUUAAAUUUUUGAAUUUUAACAUGACAGCCUUUAGCUAUAGCUAGUCAAUUUUUUUUUUACCAGUCGACAAAGCACAAGGAAUGAGUUAAUUCAUCAUUUAUCUUGAGGGAAUUCAUAGUUCAUAAAGUGUUCACUGCAUUUUUAGGCAUAAUUUAUAAUUUUUUUACAUAUAAAAUUAGUCCCAUGUAAGCAUGAAUUUAAACAUGUAUUUCCAUAUAAGUAUUUUACAUUGUAUAUGCAUGUAUGUUAGAGACUUUUCUAUUGCACAGAGCAGAAGAUUUUUUAUGAGGAAAGACUUUUUUUCUUUUCGUUUUGAAUGUUGUUAAUUGUUGAUUUUUAUUUUUUUAAAAAUUCUUUGAAAAAUGUAGAUAAAGUUAAACACAGGCCAACCUAUGAAUUGUUGGUUGGUGCACAAAUAAAUUCUUAAUCCUGUAAUUCACCAUGGAAAAAAUCAAUACAAGAUUAGUUUUCUCACCGAUAUUAAAUGUACUGAAAGAAUAGUUGUCCCAAGAAUUUUGGAAAAAAAUGUAACAGAGCUUGUACUUUAAACCAACAAUCUAAGGUCUGCCAAUAAAUUCUUUGUUGGCUGGUGAUUAGGGCUCUGCUAAAAUUAAUGUGAUCUGCAGAAGUUUCCCUCUGUAUUUAGAGUGAUCAAAGAUUUUUAUAUCUUUUUGUGUUUUAUAGAAAUUUUCAACUGUUUAUAAUAAUAUGAGCUGUGAAGCAAUACAGCCUUUGUAUUUAAUCAUUGUGUGUAUUGUUUUAUCUGUGCGGUUUCUCUUCUCAUCAGUCAAUAAAGUCUCUCUAAACUUGA